GCUUCCUAGUGAGGGAGGGGGAGACGGAAAUGGAGGGGCUCCGCGCAUGCCUUCGCCCCUGACACCGAGCCCGCUGGAGAGCGCGUUGGGCGGAGCCGGGGGCGGCGGUCGCCGGGGAGAUCGAGGCCCUGGGUUCGACCCCGAGCUGGAGCGGGGUCCCGGAGGCCCGCUAACCCGCCGGUGUUUGUGUGUAUGUGCCCUCGCAGGGAGACAUGGAGAACUGUUUGGCGGCCGCGGCGCUGAACGGGGUGGACCGACGUUCCCUGCAACGCUCGGCUAGGCUGGGUCAAGAAGUGCUGGAGCGGGCCAAAAGGAGGGCGGUGGACUGGCAUUCGGUGGAGCUUCCCACAGGCAGCGUGGGGGUCAUUUCCCGGGAGCGGCCCUACAGAGAAAGAGGGCCGGCAGCCGGCCCCCAUCGCCUUCUCCCAGGAGAGGUGAGGGCGCCAGUGCUGCGGGACCAGCCCAUUUAUUCGCUCAGCAGCGGCUUGCUGAGAACCAGGGCACGCCACACAGCAGCACCCGAGAGAUCCUGUCCUUGGCGGAAGCUAGAGAAGAAAGACACCCAACCCUCAAUGCUUCCUUCAGAACAAUGGCUGAAUUCAUGGACUAUACUUCAAGUCAGUGUGGGAAAUAUUAUUCAUCUGUGCCAGAGGAAGGAGGGGCAACCCACGUCUAUCGUUAUCACAGAGGGAAGUCGAAGCUGCACUUGUGCUCGGACACUGGGAAUGGUCAGGCUGAGGACAUCUCCAAGGACCUCUACAUAGAAGUAUAUCCAGGGACCUAUUCCGUCACUGUGGGUGUAAAUGACUUGACCAAGAAGACUCACGUGGUAGCAGUUGAUUCAGGACAAAGUGUGGACUUGGUCUUCCUCGUAUGAUGUUGACCAUCACAGACAUCACCUUUUUUUUGCUUGUUUUUUAAGUAUCAAGAAUAAAGUUACCAUAUGUCCUCUUAAAAUUUACACAUUAAUCCUGCUUUUAAUGCUGACUGACUGUAGAGGGUGAGCCUUCCUAGGAACUGGAGUUUGUCUCUUUCAGUGCCUAUUUUAACUUGAAAGUCCCCUCACCCUCUUCUGCCUGAAGUAAUAAUGUAAUGAUGCUGUCUGAAUAGUUUUUACUGCUUGCUUUCCAAGUAAAGGUUAAUUAUGAUAAUAAAGUAAGAAAUUUGGAAA